AUGGAAACCAUAGAGAAGAAUCCAAGACUGCCAGACAUGGCGAUUAUUGCUUGUAUAGUUGUGGCCACGUCGUAUGUUGCGAUGCUCUACACACCCUACAAUAGAACCACCCUCUUUCUUCGCCGGAAUAGCCCACAACUCAUAAAACGAAGACUUGUUAGUGCAAUAUUAUUGACACUUUUCUGGGUUUCCCUAACCCCAAUCUACCUCACCUUCAUUUCUAAAUCAGCUUCUAGUAUCAUUCAGGCAGUAUCGCUCUUUGGAAUCAUCCCGGGAUUAAAAUAUACCCACGAUGGAUACCGGUUUGGGAUCUCAAACUUAAUUUCUUAUAUCAAUGACACUAGUCAUUGCGGGUUAUUGAUAAUGGUGCUCUUAAUUGGUCCCAUUAUUAAUGAAGCGUUUUUCGAAACCGAUUUUCGCGGUCAAAGACACAGUAUUGUGGAAUCGGUGAUUUCUGAGUUGAAAACCGUAAUGGGGUUACGAAACUUGGUGGUGGCCCCCAUCACCGAAGAAAUCAUCUAUCGAUGUGUGAUUUUGUCAUUACUUAUUCCAUUGAACAAUGUCAAUGCGGAUGUUUUGAUUUUCUUAACCCCAUUGUUUUUCGGGGUGGCCCAUUUGCAUCAUGGAUACGAAUUAUACAAGGAAGGUCUGAUACCGGUGUUACAAAUCAUAAUGGUCAUUGGAUUCCAAUUGCUUUAUACUACAUUAUUCGGGGCACUCGAGGCGUUUUUGUUUUUGAGAACUGGUAACGCUCUAGGAAUUUGUUUUGUUCAUGCCUGUUGUAAUUAUUUCGGGUUUCCUCUGAUAAAUAUCGAAAGUGAUAGAAAAUGGUGGAAAUACGCGUACUGGAUGCUACUAGUUGUUGGAGUCGUUGGGUUUAAAAUAUUAUUGUUCCCAAUUACUGAGAGUAUAAACUCUCCCAUAAAGUGGCAUUAA